UACACUAGCGCAGUGCUACCUCUCUCUGCUCUCAGCUGAUGCACUCACAGCACAGACAGCAGACCAACCCUGCCUGCAGUUUCUUUUUCUGCUCUGUUUUUCCUUCUCUCCAUUCAUCCACCUCUCCUCCGGGGCCCGGCGUCUAGUCUGAAGUCUGCAGUCGGAGGCUGAGGCUGUUUCCUGUCAGUGCAGAGCGCCGUCUGUGAGCCCAGACAGCGAGCCAGGAUAUACAUCUCUCUCUCCCUCCUCUCUCCUGACCAGACAGGGAGGAAAUCAGCAGGACCAACAAGGAGUAGGGAAGUUGUUCCUGGGCUGUGGCUGUGUGGACUAGAGGGGGUAUUAGUACGAGGCCUAUAGAAGAGGGGCGACCUAGAGGAUUAUCGAGAGAGAGACUCUCUAGAAGCAUCACUGAACCCCCCCUCCACACCGGCAAUACCUCCCCCCCACACCGACGACGUCACCUUCUCCUCCUCAUUGUUAUAAGAGCAGACAGGCCAGCGUGGAGCCUGGCAAAGACUGGAGAAUCAGCAUGUCGUCUCAGACUACGAGGAGGAAUGUAUACACCCGGACCACCAGUAGUGGCAGCAGCAGGAUGAGUUCAGACGGGGGUGGCCGGCCGGCCAAGGUGGGUUCCCGGGUGGAGGUGAUUGGGAAGGGGCACCGCGGAACAGUGGCAUAUAUCGGUGCAACGCUCUUCUCCACAGGGAAGUGGGUGGGAGUGAUCCUGGACGAGUCGAAGGGGAAGAACGAUGGCACAGUCCAGGGGAAGAGAUACUUCACCUGCCAUGAGAACCAUGGCAUCUUCGUACGGCAGUCACAGAUCCAACUGGUUGAUGAUGGAGCAGACACCACCUCUCCUGACACCCCAGAACCGGCCUCCAACAAGGUCCCCAAACACGAGAUCCUGGAGACACUCAAGUCCACUAAACUGCAGCGAGGACCCAAGCCCAAAAAGGUGGUGCACGCUUCUCGAACCUCCUCGACUCCUGCCCCCAGGAAGACUACGGCCAGAAGGCCCAAGCCCAGCCGUCCUGCGGGAACCGGAGCCUCAAGGCGGGGCCCUCUGGGUCUGUGUCUGCCUCGGCUGGAGAGAUGA